CUACUGAAAACCGAUUCCUGAUUGACCAGACCAAUCAGGAACCGAGGGGCAGUUAUUCGUAUAACCAAACAAUGGCACAACCACCAUUGCAGAAACAAGUCAAGAGACAAUGCCGACUUUGACAAAACUCACAACUGAGAUAAAACCAAGAAAGUGGAAAAAAAAAGAAAAGAAAGUGAACAAUGGGAGAAGAAAAAGAAGGCACAUCGAGUUCACUGAGUGAAGGACUCGCUCCUCAUGACCCGGACGAUGUCCCUAAAUCUCCUCCUAGCUCUCCCAAUUCCUCCACUCGCAAGCCUUGCUAUGCUGUUCUACAAAGUUGGGUCUCAAAGAAGUUCAUGACCGGAUGUGUGGUACUCUUUCCAGUUGCUGUUACAUUUCUUGUGACAUGGUGGUUUAUUCAGUUUGUUGAUGGUUUCUUUAGUCCAAUCUAUGCCAGGCUUGGUGUUGACGUAUUUGGCCUUGGGUUCCUUACAUCUCUAUUGUUUAUAUAUUUUGUGGGCAUAUUUGCUUCAUCAUGGCUGGGUGCCACUGUUUUCUGGCUUGGGGAAUGGUUAAUCAGACGAAUGCCCUUUGUAAAGCACAUAUACUCUGCCUCCAAACAAAUUAGCACAGCUAUUUCUCCUGACCAAAAUACUAGUGCUUUUAAAGAGGUAGCAAUUAUUCGUCAUCCUCGUCUUGGUGAAUAUGCAUUUGGUUUUAUCACAUCUUCUGUUAUCCUUCAGAGGGAUAAUGGGGAUGAAGAGUUGUGCAGUGUUUAUGUACCAACAAAUCAUCUAUACAUUGGGGACAUAUUUCUUGUUAAUUCUGAGGAGAUCUUAAGGCCAAACUUAUCUAUUCGAGAAGGCAUAGAGAUUAUUGUUUCAGUUGGCAUGACAAUGCCACAAGUAAUAUCCCCUGUACAAAGGAUUCCUCAUCAGGGAAAUAGGAUUCCUCUGAACAGAAUAAUGUGAAGAUGCUUAAAACAGGGUUAUAGAAGUAGAGAAUUUCUUGCUCAGAUAACAGUCUAAAAUGCCCAGAAAGGCUGAUCUAUGAUAAUGGGAAGAUCCUUAGCUGAAGUGUCAACAUUAAGGUUGGAUCAUGAUUCGUUCACGCAUACUGUUGUAUCUAUAUAACUUGCCAUGUAUAGAAACAAAACGCCAGAUACUCUUUCCCCUGAUUUGGUCCUUUAUAUUGUCACGCAAGAUUUUUUUGUGGAAUGGGGAAUUAAGAGGCAAAUGCUAGCAUAGUCUACAAUCUGGUAGUGGACUUCAAUUUUGUUUUUGGAGAACUCAAAUAUCAUGUUUUAAUUGCUUGCUAAAUUAACAAAAAUCUAAUAUUAUUAUUAUUAUUACACAA